AUGCCAUCGUCAAAGGCAAGAAACAGGCAAUCCAUCUCUGAAGCCAUAUCCGUGUCGCUCGGAUUGCAGUCACACGCAGCGCCGGGUUCGCCAGGCGUCGAUUUUAACCGGUCUCGGACGAUAUCAAGCGGCAAAGAUUCGGCGCUUUCCCCGAGCUAUCUCGGGAGGUCCUACAUGGGGUAUCUUUCCAAGUCGCACGCGUCCAAGGACAAGCACAUGCCGCCCGCAGAAUACCUGCCGAUUGCAACAGACCGCUCCCGAUCCAUCCACGAGUCCAGCAAGGUUCACCGCGAAACCGCAGCCUUGUCCAAUACGUUUCGCGACACGUUGAGUUUGGACGAAAACGAGGACGCUCCAAAGCUCAAUUCCGACAACGCGGCCGGAAUCGACGAGUUGCCGCCUUCCGACUCUGCUGUCACCCCUGUCAGCAGCCAUUCUUUAGCCGGCGACGUCGACGCGAGCGCAGAGGAGUACACGAGACUUUUGUCCCCGACUUCAAGUCAUUUGCUCGAAUACGGUAGCUCGGACCCUACCUUUGGCGAGCAUCACGUUUCUGACAAUUCCUGGGCCACGGGACAGCACCAGUACGCCGCGCGACGCAAUUUCUCCUCUCUCAAAGCAGAAGCAGGAUUUUAUCUCAAGAAGUCACUCGGAUAUCUGCCCGCGGUUGUCCUUGGUCUCCUUCUCAACAUUCUGGAUGCUCUUUCUUACGGUAUGAUCAUUUUCCCCAUAACAGAGCCAGUGUUCUCACAUCUGGGCACUUCAGGCAUUUCUAUGUUUUACGUCUCCAGCAUUGUUUCACAACUCAUUUUCUCUGGUGGCUUUUCCUCUUUUGGAGACGCCAUUGGAAGCGAAAUGAUUGAAAUUACUCCAUUUUACCAUGCGAUGGCAGGUUCCAUCAUGCGCUCUUUGCCCGGUCAAGACAAUGAAAUAAUCAGCACAACAGUGGUGUGUUACGCUUUGAGUUCAAUGGUAACGGGCAUCGUCUUCUAUCUUUUAGGCAAAAUGCGCCUUGGCAAAAUUGUUGGGUUUUUUCCUCGUCAUAUCCUCAUAGGGUGUAUCGGCGGUGUUGGAUAUUUCUUGAUAAUCACUGGUUUCGAAGUUAGCACCCGUGUUGCGAAAUUCGAAUAUAACAAAGAAUUCUUGUUUUCUUUGUUCACAUCUUUAGACCUAUUUGCGAAAUGGGCAUUCCCCUUGGCACUUGCCGUCAUUCUAAUCCUGAUACAGCAUCUUUUUGACAAUUCUUUGGUUCUGCCGACAUUUUACAUCGUUGCUCUGGUUUUAUUUCAUUUCAUCGUGGCAAUUGUCCCCGGGCUUUCUCUAGAGGAGCUGCGUAAAAUUGGUUGGAUAUUUGACAAAACUUCUUCAUCUGAGCAAUGGUACGACUUUUAUCGGCUGUACAAUUUCAAAGCUGUCCAAUGGUCCUUGGUUUUACAACAAUUGCCAACGAUGUUAGCGCUGACGUUUUUCGGCAUUCUCCAUGUUCCAAUCAACGUACCAGCGUUAGCAAUUAGCGUUGGCGUUGACAAAUUUGACGUGGACAAAGAACUUAUCGCUCACGGCUACUCAAAUUUUUUCUCCGGCCUCAUAGGAUCUGUCCAAAAUUACUUGGUUUACACGAACAGCAUGCUUUUCAUUCGCGCCGGCGCCGACAGCUCGCUCGCGGGUCUUCUUUUGGCACUGGCAACUUUUGGUGUCAUGGUAACUGGUCCCGUCAUUGUUUCAUUCAUUCCGAUUUGCAUCGUCGGGUCUCUCAUCUUUUUGCUCGGGUAUGAACUGAUUAAAGAGGCUCUCUAUGAUACAUGGGGCAAGCUCAAUCGCUUUGAAUACUUGACUGUUGUUAUCAUUGUGUUUACUAUGGGAGUUUUCGAUUUUGUUUUAGGAAUCAUCGUAGGCAUACUAAUUGCCUGCUUUUCAUUCCUUGUGGAUAGCACAAAGCUGCAGACAAUCAAUGGCGAAUUUGAUGGCCAAGUUGCAAGAAGCACCGUAUCCAGGGAUUUUAUUCAAACUAAGCUAUUGAAUAAAGUAGGGGAUCAGAUCUAUGUUUUAAAAUUGCAAAAUCUACUCUUCUUUGGAACUAUUAUCUCGAUCGAGGAGAAAAUUGACAAGCUCUUGGAACUUAGUGAGAAGAACGCUGCAAGACGGAAAAUUAAAUAUCUCAUUUUGGAUUUCAAGAACAUAAAUGCCGACAACAUCGAUUAUUCUGCUGCUGAGGGAUUCAAUAGAAUUAAAAGGUUUACAAUCUCGAAACGCAUCCAGCUUAUAAUAUCCUCGAUUACCGAAUGGGAUUCCAUAUACACUGCUUUUAACAAGGUUGGACUACUCGAUGGUGUCGAAUUGUUUGGAGACCUGAAUAAUGCUCUUGAAUGGUGUGAAAACGAAUUUUUAAGACAGUACGGAGAUUUGCAGCACAAACGCAAAAACAGACCUGCUAAAUCUCAGAGCGAGGCCCCAAAACAGCUUCUACCUAUGAACACUCCGCGGAAUACCCAAUUUGUUUCUGCGGUACAAAAGCUUUAUCUUGAUGAGCAGCGCAUUUCGAGCAUUAAAAAGAAGUAUUUGAAUGACCAGCCAGUUCUCAGUCAUCUUUUGGUAGCUCUGAAGGCAUUUAGACCCCGCUUAAUGUCAGCCGACAAGGAUGCCAGAGAAGCAGAGGAGAGACUGUGGUCUCAACUUGGUAAGUACUUCACCAAAAAAAGACUCGCUGCUCACUCUGUCUUAUUACACCAAGAAAACGUGUUUUUCCUCAUUGAAAGCGGAAUGAUGAAAGUGAAAUAUAAUCUUCUUCAGGGCCAAAUUUAUGAAAUUUUGGCAAGUAGGACAUGCUGUGGCAGAAUAAGUUCUGAUUUGUCUGGAGAACAUGAAGGGCCUGAAUUUUUUGUGGAGAUGAGCACGGAAACGGACUGCAGUAUUUGGAUCAUUGACACUUCUGCUCUUCAUCUACUCAGAAGUGAAAAUUUACCUCUCUUCACGGAACUUCUGCUGUUGUGCAUCGGCAUGCAGGAGCAGAGGUUGGGACAACUUCUAGGAUAUUGUCUGGUAAGCAGUUAA